ACCAGAAAUACAUUGGCGCUGCAAGUUCAGAUUUUUUAAUAAACAAUAGCUCAAAUAAUUGCUCCUUCAUUGCUUCAUCAGAAUCCCACAUCCCAAUGAUUCCACCCAGUGUCUCAUCGGUGACUUACAUCCCUUUCUCUAAUUUCUGAUAGAUGGCAAUACGUUCAAUUCUCUCUCGUUAUAAACAUUAGAAAUUUUUGGUUAAGUUAUCAAUUGAAGUUUGUCAAAGACGUCAAAGUCUCGAACAUCACUGUAGCGAGAAUGACAACUGCCCUUCAGACACAACUUUUAAGUGCUUUAGGAAAUAAAACGAAAUAUCUUGCGGAAUUGAAGAAAACAUUCGCACGUCCAUUAAUACAACUUGCAGUGAAAGCAAUAGAACUGGAACAUAUAGAAGAAGGUAUAUUAGAACGAAUAAGUAAGAAAUAUAGCAUUCCUGAAGAACAUGUAGACGAAUAUUAUGCUGCUAUUCUUACAAUUUUGAAAAUAUAUCUACGCUCACAAUGUGGCAAUGUUAAACCUGCAGAGUUCAAGCAAUAUUUGGAAGAACUAAAACUGAAUUCAGACUGUGCAGAAGAUUUAUCCUCUGUGAUUUACGGUCCAAAGCAAGCAGACUUACUAUCAGGUUUAAUUCAGAGAACAAAGUUUAAUCCACAACUUGUAUCCUGCAAAUGGCGUGUAGAUAUCACUAUCUCAUCUAACAUUUUAAACAGAGUACUAGAACCAAAUAUUAUGAUGGAAUGGAUCUUCAAUACAGGCGAAUGUGUGACGUUUGAAUUGUCUCUGGCAAAGUUUCAUCAACUGAGGCAUACUGUAGCUACCAUCCUUGUUGAGUUGCAAGCACUAGAGCGGCACAACAUUUUUAAAACUAUUCUCUCCAGCUGAUAGUGUCUAUUAAACUUGUUAUUAAAAAAAGAUGUCUAACUCAGAAAGUCAAAAAAUUUAUAAAUUCUGACAAUAUACAUAAAUGGAUAUCCAGAUAUA